AUGUUAACCAUGUCAACAACUCAACCUCUCGUUACAGAUUCUAAUCCCGAUGUCACCAGCCAACCCAGCAAUCAAAGGAUGCUGACUUCUUCUAGUCCAUUAAAUUCGCAACAUUCGUCUGGUAGUCAAAUCCUACUAAUAGAUUCACAACAACAAACCUCUUCAUCAGAAUCCUCUUCUGCUUCCACAGCAACUACUUGUUCCUCUUCUGAUCUUCCUUCGUUCAUUUCCACAGCAGAGCACUACGAUGCCUUUUUAGAAAUUGUAAAGGAACAAAGAAUGCGACGUUUGGGACCUUUCAAAGGUCUUCGUUCCAACGUUAAACAUGCAUGUCUAUCGAAACAAUGUGGACGUCAAUGGUAUCCUUCUCCCAUUCAAAUUAUUUGCAAUAAUGAUUAUUAUUGCCCAUCGUGUGUAUUGCAUCAUCGAAAUAAUGUUGAGAGAUUUAAGGGCAGUGAGUUGAAAUGGACCAGUGAUGUUCCGAAUACGUUCUAUGUGUUUGAAAUAAAGGAUCCUACCCGAAGUGGAGUGUCACUUGUCAAAUUUGGAAGAACACAAAAUGAAGAUGCUUUGAAAAGGUAUUCCGCUAAAGAAUUGAAAGAAUUUAACAUGAAAUUACUCCUACAUUUAAGAGGUAGGUUGGAGACCAUGACAAAAAUUGAAAAUUGGUGGAAGGAACAAGCCCAAACGAUGGAUUUAUUUAGUCGAUUUUCCGUCGACUCAUUUCAUGGUUUGACUGAAUGUGUUGAGCUAGAGGGCGAGUUGUUGGAGGAUUUUCUUGCGUAUAGUAAGGUCAUGAGUGAGCAGGAAGAAGAACAGUUUCAAAAAUGGAUGAAUGAAUAUCAUGAGAGGAUUGAGAGGUUUAAGGAAUUUGUCACUUCGAAUAAAUAA